GUCUGAUAAAGCUUCUCAGUUAAAUUCCUGUCAUAGCUAAUCAAAAGGUAAGCUAACGUUGCCAUAGAGACCGGGUUAGAAGGCCGAGGCUAUGGUGGCGAUAGCGUUGUUACUACAAACCGUAAUAUAUCGUCGAAUAUAACGCUAGUCGUACCUCUGCGGUUAUUUUGAUUAAAGUACCGCAAAAGUACUCAAUAGUCAAUAAGUAACGCACCGCGGGAAGAAACAAACAUGUUCCCAUGUGGCUUUGCGUGGGGAGCGGCAACUGCUGCGUAUCAAAUAGAAGGUGCCUGGCAGGCAGACGGCAAGGGACCGAGUAUCUGGGACACAUUUUGUCACGAGAAAGGCAGAGUGUUCGGGGAGCAGAAUGGAGAUGUGGCCUGUAACAGCUACGAGCUAUGGGAGAAGGACCUGGAGUGUAUCCGGCAGCUUGGACUGACACACUAUCGCCUGUCUCUCUCCUGGGCCCGCCUCCUGCCUGAUGGGACCACACGACAUGUCAAUCAAAAAGGUGUGCAGUACUACAACAAGGUGAUUGAUGAUUUGCUGGCCUGCAAUGUGUCACCCAUGGUCACACUUUACCACUUUGACCUACCUCAAGCUCUCCAAGAUCAGGGUGGCUGGAAAUCAGCGGGUACGGCGCACACGUUUGACAGCUAUGCAAAGUUUUGCUUCCAAACAUUUGGUGACCGCGUCAAACUUUGGAUCACCAUCAACGAGCCCUACGUGUGCGCCAAACUGGGCCAUGAAGAUGGCGUCCAUGCCCCAGGGUUAAAAGAACCGGGGACCGCUGCUUACCUGGUGGGCCACAACAUGCUGCGCGCCCACGCCAUGGCCUGGCACAGCUACAACUCUUUGUACAGGACGAAGCAGAAGGGUGCGGUGUCUCUGGCCAUCAACAGCGACUGGCUUGAGCCAUCACGAGCAGGUUGCGCCGAGGAUAUCGCUGCCACAGAGCGAGACCUCGCAUUUACACUGGGGUGGUUUGCUUGGCCUGUGUUUGUAACUGGAGACUAUCCAGAAAUAAUGAGAUCGGCCAUCGACGCUCAAAGUAAGAAGCUGGGAUACGAUGGCACCUCAAGACUGCCCAGUUUCUCAAAGGAUGAGCCUGCCAUUCUGGGCACAGCUGACUUCUUUGCGUUGAACUACUAUACGUCUCGUCAAGUGGAGCCAGGAGGAGGUUGUGGAGACAUGUUGAGUAUGAUGAGCGACCGAGACGCAGGCGAAGUUGUGGAUCCGUCCUGGCCUAUUUGUGGGGUGUCCUGGCUCGCUGUGGUGCCCCGCGGCUUAAGGACACUUCUCAAGUACAUUAAGGACACUUUCAACAACCCAGCCGUCUACAUCACAGAGAAUGGCUUUUCUCAGGUGGGGCCCCUGCAAAUUGAGGAUGCACAGCGCUCGGAGUUUUACAAGGACACCAUCAUGGAGGUGGCUAAAGCUAUUCAAGAAGAUGGGGUCAACGUCCGUGGAUAUUUUGCAUGGUCGCUGCUGGACAACUUUGAAUGGGCUGACGGAUUCAGUGUUCGUUUUGGACUGUUCCAUGUGGACUUCACAGACCCAACGCUGAGACGAACCACGUACCAGUCUGGACGGGAGUAUGCAAAGAUUAUCUUGAAAUACAAACAAGGUCAAUACUGUACCCUCUAGGGACAUGGUGAGAUUUUUUUUUUGCAUUUCCUUGCAAUAUGUUUUGCAAAUUCAGGUGAGCAAAGCCUGCAGAGAUUUAUCCAAGUAGACUCAAAGCUGUAAUUGCUACCAAAGGGAUGUUUAAAAAGUACU